UUGACCCAUGCCCAUACUGCAGCUAGGAAAGGAUGUACCCUUAAAUUUGAUUUUCAUUCAAAAAAUUGCGUGUUUUGCCGCACGCUCUACCCACUACUACUCAUAUAUCUCAAAAAAUAAACUAUUCAACCUAGUUUUUAAAAUGUCUGUUGUUACCGUUUUUGUCGAGAGCAAUAACGCCAGCUCGGAGCGGAGGUUUCAAAAGUCGCUGACCAUCGACGAGCUUAAGAUGCGGCUCGAGCCCAUUGUCGGCAUCCCCUCUGUCGACCAGCGGAUCACCCUACUGCGAGGCACAGCGCUGAUUUGUGAAAUUAGUAAUGCUGACGAUCCAUCGCGGAUGCUUGGCUUUUAUCCUGUAGAAGACUACAUGGUGCUAAACGUGGCCAACACCAAUCCCUCUAUUGCAGCGCGUUUAAACUUCAACGACGAGUCCCAGGUGGAAAAGUUUGUGAUGGACGACGACGAAUAUGACAAGCGCAACGACACUGUGCGAGCUUUCAAACGCCGCCACAACAUGGGCAGAUUUGCAGACGGGAAGUCGGCCAUGUCAAUCGACGAGGAGGAUGAGUUCAAGGAGGAUGCUGCAAAGAUUGCCGUUGGAAGCAGAUGCGAAGUGACCAUGGCGGCCGGCGAUCUUGGGAGGCGUGGAAUAGUGCGGUUUGUUGGUAAAACGUCAUUCCGCCCAGGUUUCUGGGUUGGUAUCGAGUAUGAUGAACCUGUUGGCAAGAACGAUGGAUCGAUGGAUGGGGUUGUGUAUUUCAAGUGUGCAGCUGAACAUGGAUCCUUUGUCAGGCCAGACAAGAUUGUCACUGGUGAUUUCCCCGAGGAGGAUUUGUUUGGGAGUGAUUUGGAGGAAAUGUAAAGGGAACAGGGAUAAAAUACAAACCUCAUGUAUUAUAAUGCCUUGCGACAGAAAUGAGGAGAAAUCUGGCCGACAAUCUUGAUGCACGCAACUGCCCCUUUCAAGAUUUUUACCAUGAUAUUAUGUGUUUGUUUCCGAAACAACAAAAUGGUACGAUGUUUUAAUUUUUGAAAAGUACAUUUAAAAAAGUAGAACUAUAUUUAAAAUA